CGCCAAAACUUGAAAGCUCCUCUUUCUACCAACCUUUCCCUCUGUUGACUGGUAGUUUUGAAUCUCUCAUAUUUUUCCACCUCCGCUAACUUUAUUCUGCUUCUCUCUUCAUGAAGAUCCCCAAGCACCCACUAUUUUAUGCAUCAUGGAACAGUUCUCUCAACCCUCACCUCGUCCCAGCCCCCCUCAACUCUCUGACCACCUUCUUCAUUCCGAUCAAGUCCCUCACUUUGAAGUGGUUUCAGAAGAAAAAGAAGAACAUGAGUUUGAGGGCAAAGAAGAGGAGUAUUUCAGAGAAAGAGUUGAGAGACUGGAGAGUGAGAGGGAGGAGAGAAAUGGGGCCAUGUUCAAGGCUUUGGAAUCUCUCACUUCAACUAAGGAUAGUUUGUCUAGAGUGAUAGAGGGGUUGGAGGGAGAAAAGGAUGAAACUUUUGUAGAAGAUGGUAAAGGGGAGUGGUUAGGUGUGGAAUCAAGGAUGCUGUUGGAAGAGGCAAGGUUGAUCUCAAGGCUUGCCAUUGAGGUCGAGACAAGGGUGGAUAGGUACAAGAACAUGAGGAGGAAGGAGAAGAGAGAAUUGGAGAGUAGUUUGGUCAGCUUAACUGAGGAGAAUAGGGAUGUUAAUAACUUGCUUAGGAUUGCUUUGUUGGAGAAAGAGGCAUUGGAGAAGAGAAUAAAGGGACAUGAUCAUAGAAGGAUGCCCCUUUUGCAGUUUGGAUUGCAGAAAGUUGGAUUUGGGUUCAUGAUGGGAGGGGGGAAUAAUGAAGAAUCAACAGAGAGUUGUGGGUCUAAAUCAGAUGGCAGUGAGUGCGAAGAGGAAGUUGUUAGUCUGGCCUCAACGGUGGAAAGGAUAAUGAAGAAUCUACGUCUUGAAAUCACUCAAUUGAGGAGAUCUUUGGGAGAAUCUAGGUCAGACACAGAGCGCCUCCAGUGUCUCACAGAGAAACAGGCCAAAGAAAUUGCAGAAAACAAACUCUAUAUUAAGGAGUUAGAAGAUAGAGAGAGAAUCUUGGCUCAAAAUGUAGAGGAGUUUUUGAUGGAAAUCAAAGCAGCGGAAGAAGAAGUUGCUAGAUGGAAGGAAGCUUGUGAGUUGGAAGUUGAAGCUGGAAAGAAAGAGAUUGAAGAGCGUAACAAAGUGGUGGCUGUUUUGAAACAAGAACUACUUAAAACUAGGGCUGCUUUGGACAUAUCCAAUGGAAAAUUAAGUCUGAAAGAGGAACUUGCAACUACUGCAAUUACUGCACAGGAAGCAGCAGAGAGAUCUUUGCAGCUGGCUGAUACUAGAGCAGUUGAACUUCGCUACCGGGUUGAAGAACUAACCAGACAACUAGAAGAAGCAGAAAAACGUGAACGCAAUAGCCAUAAAGUGAGACGCUUUUGUUGGCCAUGGCAACUUUUCAAAUUGAGCUCUGGCACUAUAGCAAACACUAGAGUUGGAAAUGCCAAAAGGAUGCUACCAGAAAUGCAAGCCUUAAUUUAAUUAACUGAAAUGUGUACAUAUCAUAAUUUUCCAAAACAACGAGUUGAUUCAUCUUAAAUUUCAUUUUCCCGUGUUUUGUAAUAAUUCACCUGUUGUUAUUGUAAAUGUGGGAUAUUUUUAAGAAUUCAUCUUAAAUGUUUAGAUACAAAUCUAGAAAGAUUUUUAAGAAUUUUUUUAUUGAAAAAUAUUCUUUAUUUUCAAUAGAAAAGUUCUCGAGAGUUCUUUUAAGUUGUAUUCUAAUAGGCUAAUUGUUGAAGUUGUUUAGACAUCAUAAUCACCAUAUCUUCAUGACGAUACCUUCUAAAGUGACAUUUGAUUAA